UCCUCCCUCGGCUCCAUGGGGACACGCACUGAGCCCCCCCAAACCGGGGGCACCGGGGCAGCUCCCGGUGGAUGCGAGAGACUCGAAUCCACCCGAGCCAGCCAGCCCCGGAGGCUCCGCGGGGAACGGGCGGGGAGCGGGCUGCGGGAGCGGGGAGCGGGCUGCGGGAGCGGGGACAGGGAUCCGGGAGCGGGGACAGGGAGCCGGGAGCGGGGACAGGGAGCCGGGAGCGGGGACAUCCCCCAGGAACGGGCGGGGUGGGGGCUCCGGGAGGGGACAAUCCCCCGGGAACAGAGGGAGCGGGCUCCGGGAGCGGGGACAUCCCCCGGGAGCGGGCGCGGUGGGCGCUGCCGGGGCUCCAGCCCGCCCUCAGGGAGCAGCCCCGGCCCCGCACCGCCGGCAGCGGAAGCCGGGGUCCCCCUCGCUGGUGACCCGGGGCUGCCCCGGGCGGCGCGGACCGUCCCGGACUACGAGUCCCAUGGUGCCCCGCGCGGCGCGCUGACGUCACACGCCGCGCUGUCCUUAGCCCGCGCACCCGGAUGUGAGUCCCUUUUGCUCCCCCGGAAGAUGGCGGGCGAGAAGGCGCCGGAGAAGAAGCCAGCUGAGAAGAAGCCGGCCAAGAAGAAGGCAGGGGACAAGAAGCCAGCGGAGCAGAAGCCAAGCCAGAAAGCUGCAGGGGACAAGAAGAAGAGGGUGAAGAAGUACCAUGCCAGCCGUAACCCCGUGCUGGCCCGGGGCAUCGGGAGGUAUUCCCGCUCUGCCAUGUACGCCAGGAAAGCCCUGUACAAGCGCAAGUACACGGCCCCAGAGACAAAGAUAGAGAAGAAGAAGAAGGAGAUGCCCCGUGCCACCAUCACUAAGCCAGUGGGUGGAGACAAGAAUGGAGGCAGCCGGGUGGUUAAGAUCCGGAAGAUGCCCAGGUACUACCCCACGGAGGACGUUCCCCGGAAGCUGCUGAGCCAUGGCAAGAAGCCCUUCUGCGAGCACAAGCGGCGCCUGCGCGCCUCCAUCACCCCCGGCACGGUGCUGAUCCUGCUCACCGGCCGGCACCGCGGCAAGCGUGUUGUGUUCCUGAAGCAGCUUGAUACUGGCCUUCUGCUUGUUACAGGCCCCCUGGCUGUGAACCGUGUCCCUCUGCGCAGGGCCCACCAGAAAUUUGUUAUUGCCACAUCCACAAAGGUGGAUCUCACUGGGGUGAAAAUUCCCAAGCAUCUCACGGAUUCCUACUUCAAGAAGAAGAGGCUGAGGAAGCCCAAGCACCAGGAAGGAGAGAUCUUUGACACUGAGAAAGAAAAAUAUGAGCUGACGGAGCAGCGCAAGACAGACCAGAAGGCCGUGGAUUCCCAGAUCCUGGCACGCAUCAAGAAGGUGCCUCAGCUCCGGGGCUACCUGCGCUCCACCUUCUCUCUCUCAAAUGGAGUUUAUCCUCACAAAUUGGUGUUCUGAGCCUUCUGCAAGCACCACAUUAAACUCCAAGGGAAAAAAGCAAG